AUGAUCUGCGCAAAACAGGUCUUUCGAUGCUUCAGGUGUCUCGAACGCGCCGGCGACAAGCUCACUGGGGCUGCAGGCCCUGUCUUCGUCACACUAGGCGCUGUCCUGCUCUCGACGGGCGCAUUCUGUUUCUUCGAGGUAGUCCGCCCAUCCGUACCCCUUCCUUUGUUUUCGACGCCCAUAUGCGUUCUCAUCGCAUUCAACCUGCUCAUGCACUACUACUGGGUCUGCGUCGUGCCGCCCGGCUUCGUGACGGACACGCCCCGCACACCGGGGAAGGGUCUGCUGUGGGCACGCAAGCGGCGAAGCGCACGCAACCGAGCAUUGACGGGCGUGCGUUGGUCGGAUGACGUGCAAAUCACGCCCGGGACGCUAUCGCGCUGUCGGAAAUGCAGUAUUCUGCGGCCAGAGAGGUCCCACCAUUGUAGGAUUUGCAACCGCUGUGUGCUCAAGUAUGACCAUCAUUGUCCAGUGCGGAUCAACCAAUGCGUGGGCCUGCAUAAUGAGCGACAUUUUGUCUUGUUCCUCAUAUACCUCGUCGUGUCAACCUUCUUCUACGCCCUCUUCGGCUGGCGUUAUGGCCUCAAUGCGCUGGGCUGGUAUGAUGACGAGGCAUGGCCGUACUGGUCGCCGCCAGUACCUUUCGUCGCAACCUACGUGCUUUCUGUGGUGCUCUGUUUAGCGGUUGUCAUCAUGGUCUCGUGGCAUCUUUGGGGCAUAGCGUGCGGGGAGACAUCCGUCGAAGCCGCCGACCACGAGCAGUAUCGUACGCUCGUAAGCGGCCGUGGUGAGACGUUCGUGAACUCGUAUGAUCUUGGGAAACGCAAGAACCUCGAGCUGUUCUUUAAUAUUGGCAAGGACGGCUAUCCCAUUUACACCCUGCUCUUCCCCUUCCGUAUCGAACCGUACACCGAUGGACGCGCAUGGGCUCGCCGACCAGGGUACGAGCGCCACGGCGGGCUCCGGGCGGGCGAGGAGCUCACAGACGAGGAAGAGGACGCUGAUGCAGGUGCAUAG